UAGACAUAACCACCUCUCUCUCUCUCUCAGUCUCUCUCUCUCUCAAUUCAAUCCAUGGGCCUCUCUGUCAAAUAUUAUUUUCUUUAUCUCCAAAAUAAAUACCCAAUUCUCUCUCUCUCCUCCUCUGAACUCAUGCAGCUUCUACAAAACCAAAAACAUCAACAAAGCGUAGGAUAGCAGUGUAAAAACCUCUCUCUCUCUCUCUCUCUCUCUCUCUCUCUCAACAAACUUCCCUUGAAGAUGAGCCUGUGUGUUCCAAGCUGGGACAUCGAUGAAACUCCCACCCCUCCAACGCUCACCCUCCGUGCUCACUCCAACUCCAAUUCCUUAGCCCCUGAUGUUUCCAUGUUAGACUAUGAAGUGGCGGAGCUAACAUGGGAAAAUGGGCAGCUAGCCAUGCAUGGCUUAGGCACACCGCGCGUGCCUAACAAACCACCACCCACCUCCUCCGCCACCACCACCAAGUACACUUGGGAGAAGCCACGCGCCGGUGGAACCUUAGAGUCCAUAGUCAACCAAGCCACAUGUUGCCCCAUUUUCAAACCCUCCAUCGGCAGCGGUACCAUGAACGAGGACCUCGUCCCAUGGUUUGACCACCACCACCGUGCCGCUGCUGCCUCUGCCACUGCUACCAUGACGAUGGACGCUCUGGUCCCGUGCUCCACCAGAGCAAAAGAUACCUCCACGCACGUGCUGAAAAGAACCAGCAACAGCACGUGCAUGGUGGGAUCCGCUACUCCAGUGGGGUCCUGCAGUGGGGCCAACACUUUUGAGAACAACGGCGGAGAUUGUGGUGGUGGGGUGAUGAAGCGGGCAAGGGUGGCGGCGCGUGUGCCAGUGGCAGCGGUGGAGUGGAGCAGUAGGGACAAUAGUGUAAGCGGCGGCAGUGUCAGUCGUCAGUUGACGACUAUUGACACAGGCGAGAGGGAAUUGGAUGUGUGUGGUUUUACCUCUACUUCCAUGGGGUCGCCUGAAAACACCAGCUCCGCCAAGCAGUGCACCAAGGCCACUACCACCACUGCUGAUGACCAUGACUCCGUUUGUCAUAGUAGACCCCAGAGAGAGGCAGGGGACGAGGAAGACAAGAGGAAAGCAGCUAGAAAGUCUUCAAUCUCAACUAAAAGGAGUAGGGCAGCUGCCAUUCAUAAUCAGUCUGAACGUAAAAGAAGAGAUAAGAUCAACCAGAGGAUGAGGACCUUGCAGAAGAUGGUCCCAAAUUCUAGUAAGACUGAUAAAGCUUCAAUGCUUGAUGAAGUGAUUGAAUACUUAAAGCAACUUCAAGCUCAAGUUCAGAUGAUGAGUAGAAUGAACAUGUCUUCCAUGAUGAUGCCAAUGACCUUGCAGCAACAACUCCAAUUGUCUAUGAUGGCUCCAAUGGGGAUGGGAAUGGGCAUCGGGAUGGGGAUGGGGAUGGGUGUCAUGGACAUGAACACCAUCAGCCGCUCUAAUAUCGCUGGAAUCCCUCCUCUUCUCCACCCUACAGCCUUCAUGCCCCUACCUUCUUGGGAUGGCACCGGUGAUCGGUUAUCUGCUCCAGCCACAGUGAUUCCAGACCCCAUGUCUGCAUUCCUUGCAUGCCAACCACAGCCCAUGACCAUGGAUGCAUACACUAGGAUGGCUGCAUUGUUUCAACAACUACAUCAACCACCUUCUACUUCUAAGACUUGAAGAGUUGUAUGUGCUUCACAUAUCCAUCAAUUCCUUUCUAUGCUAUGUCCAUAGAUAGAUGGGAUUGGUUUGGAACCAUAAAUACACAAGACUCAGAGCAUAAUUAGUAUGUGUGUAAUUACAAGAGUGUGUUGGAGAUUGUUAAUUAGGGUGCUAAUAUUGAUUUUUCUUGGCCCUAACUUAUAUAUUUUAGCUCCAUCAAGUGAUAGUGAAGUUUUUGGAAAUUGAUUUUACAACUUGUGUUAUUAUUAUUAUUAUUAUUUUUUUGUAUGGUGAGAUGUGGAAUCUAUACAUAUUUUGCUUUUGGCUUGUCA